AUGGAGGCACGCAAUACCUACGAGGCUGAAACGGUGUGUGGUGGAGGCAAUAGAUAGGGAAUAUAGAGUUUUUAUUCGAUUUCCACGAAAGGAGAGGACCUUGAGAGAGACGACGCCGGAGUGGCUGGUGCAGUUGAUGAGGGAAAGAUACAUGAUCUUCAGUUCUUAAGACCCUCGGAAGAAAGGAUCAUAGAAAGACGACAUGGCAAAAAGUUGUGCAAAGGAGGAGUAGACUCGGUACUCGUGGGUUCUGAUCUAAAGGAGUUUGAACUGAAUUUGGUGAGAUGGAACGUAGGGGACAAUCCUCCAUACUAUUUGAAAGGUGGGUGGAAUCGUGUGGUCAAAGAGUACCAGCUAAAGAAACACGAUGAGAUUCGCCUCUGGUCAUUCCACGUUGGUGAGGAACUCUAUUUCGCUAUGGUUCCUACUUCGUCAACUGAGUCAGGCAAAUCCAUAUCUGGGACUGGGAGGAUGAGCUCUGAGUUAGUGAUCAAGGAUCAAACCAGUGAUGGCUUACCUCACACCUGUUUAUUUCUUUAG